AUGCGUAACGGCGAACAAAAUCGAGCCGUUUUGGAUUACCUGCGAACGAAUGGGUAUGCGGAGUCGGUUGAAGCGUUCAAACGGGAAGCGCAGCUGGUAUACAACGAUAAAAAGUUUAAUGGGCUAUUAGAAAAGAAAUGGACUUCUGUUCUUCGUCUGCAGAAGAAGGUAAUGGACCUAGAAGCAAAGCUAGAUGAGGUGCAAAAAGAGUGCAGUGUCCCCCUCCCUGGCAAGCGAUCGCCAGUGGAUUGGAUUCCGAGACCGCCUGAAAGGUACUCCCUCACUGGACAUCGGACGGCAGUGAAUCGGGCAAUUUUCCACCCGGUAUUCAGCCUUAUUGCUACGUGUAGCGAAGACGCAACGAUCAAGGUUUGGGAUUACGAGACCGGUAACUUUGAAAAAAGCCUUCGAGGACAUACGGAUUCGGUGCAGGACAUCGCGUUUGACCAUAUGGGCAAGCUUCUAGGCUCAUGCUCCGCUGAUAUGACCAUUAAAUUAUGGGACUUCCAUUCUUACGAAUGUUUGCGAACUCUGUAUGGUCAUGACCAUAACGUUAGCAGCGUAUCGUUUUUCCCCAAUGGUGACUACCUUGUUUCUGCAUCCAGAGACAGGACAAUCAAAAUGUGGGAAGUCAGUACUGGGUACUGCAUCAAAACCUUCAUCGGCCAUCGCGAUUGGAUACGUAUGGUACGGGUGUACCAGGACGGCUCGAUCAUGGCCUCCUGUAGCAACGAUCAUACUGUGCGAGUUUGGGUGACGGCUACGAGAGAGUGUAAAUUUGAACUGAAAGAGCACGACCACGUGACCGAAUGCGUAGCGUGGGCUCCAGAUUCCGCUAUUUCGUAUAUCGUCGAUGGGGCUGGCGGAGGCGGUCCGUUCUUGGCCACCGGCUCCAGGGACAAACUGAUAAAGCUGUGGGACGCGCACAGCGGCGUUUGUCUUUUCACCCUGGUUGGACAUGACAACUGGAUCCGCGGGUUGUGUUUCCACCCUCAAGGGAAGUACCUCCUGUCGGCGAGUGAUGACAAGACAGUCAGAGUCUGGAAUUUAGCUAACAAAUGUUGCCAGAAGGUUAUCGAAGCGCAUCAGCAUUUCGCUUUUCAUCAAACUUUGUAA